AGAGAACCGCAGCCUUAUGAGGAUUGUCAAGCAAAAUCGAUUCAAGAAUUUGGGUGAACUUCACAAGGAAUGGACUGAGGCUGGGGUCAAGGCAUCAUGAGCCACCACACACAGACGUGUCAAGGAAUUUGGCUACAGUUGUCGUAUUCCUCUUGUUAAGCCACUCCUGAACCACAGACAACGUCAGAGGCGUCUUACCUGGGCUAAGGAGAAGAAGAACUGGACUGUUGCCCAGUGGUCCAAAGUCCUUUUUUCAGAUGAGAGCAAGUUUUGUGUUUCAUUUGGAAACCAAGGUCCUAGAGUCUGGAGAAAGGGUGGAGAAGCUCAUAGCCCAAGUUGCUUGAAGUCCAGUGUUAAGUUUCCACAGUCUGUGAUGAUUUGGGGUGCAAUGUCAUCUGCUGGUGUUGGUCCAUUGCGUUUUUUUGAAAACCAAAGUCACUGCACCUGUUUACCAAGAAAUUUUGGAGCACUUCAUGCUUCCUUCUGCUGACCAGCUUUUUGAAGAUGCUGAUUUCAUUUUCCAGCAGGAUUUGGCACCUGCCCACACUGCCAAAAGCACCAAAAGUUGGUUAAAUGACCAUGGUUUUGGUGUGCUUGACUGGUCAGCAAACUCACCAGACCUGAACCCCAUAGAGAAUCUAUGGGUAUUGUGAAGAGGAAAAUGAGAAACGAGACCAAAAAAUGCAGAUGAGCUGAAGGCCACUGUCAAAGAAACCUGGGCUUCCAUGCCACCUCAGCAGUGCCACAAACUGAUCACCUCCAUGCCACGCCGAAUUGAGGCAGUAAUUAAAGCAAAAGGAGCCCCUACCAAGUAUUGAGUACAUAUACAGUAAAUGAACAUACUUUCCAGAAGGCCAACAAUUCACUUAUGAAGUAUUCUAAUUUGUUGAGAUGAAAAUUGGUGGGUUUGUGAAUUGGUGGGUUUUUGUUAAAAGUGAGCCAAAAUCAUCACAAUUAAAAGAACCAAAGACUUAAACUACUUCAGUCUGUGUGCAUUGAAUUUAUUUAAUACACAAGUUUCACAAUUUGAGUUGAAUUACUGAAAUAAAUUAACUUUUAGAAAGACCAUAGAAAGAUGUGCAAAUGCACCUUUUCUGAAUCUUGCAGUUUGGAGUUAGAUUGGGUAAAUGUUUGUUCCAGCCUAAGUGUCUUCAAAAGAAAAAAAAAACUACUUGAGUUAGUUUGUUGAUUUUGACUAGUUUGUGGUCACUUCCAUUAUUAAUGACAACAAAUAGUUUGUUAGAACUGCUGUUUCAAAUUCAGAUUUAUAGAAGAAUAUUUGAAUUCUUGCUAAAUGCAUUUGCAGUGCUGCUUUUGUCAGUUUUGUUGAUGUUUAGUAAAUGGUUCACCUGCGUUUUUCGCUCAGAAUAAUUAUAAAGGAAUUAUAAGUAACACUGAAUUGAACAUCAAAUGUUGAAGUCGAAAGACUAAAAUAAUAUUUUCUAAUAAAUUGCAUGCAUUUGAUUCCGUAGCUCAAGUGAAGUGGCAGUGUCAUAAAGGGGUAUAGCUGACAGGUCUGAUCAGAAACACAAGUUAGUGGUUAGGAGCAUGAUAUUCAAGCCAUCAUUUUUGUAAAACAAUUUAAAAAGUAAUGGAGAUCUGUUGAAAGUUGUUUUUCAGCAUGUGCUACCUAAGCAAAAUGUUGAUGCAUUGUGUUAAAUUUGUUCUAUAAAGUUUCUUGUCUUAAAAAAAGGACUUUAUACACUGGAGAAUGUAAAAGGAAGCAGAACAAUAAAUUGACAUAGUGUAACAAAAUCUAGACCAAAGGCUUCAAAUAAACUGCAGUGUUGAAAAUACGGUAGCAUAAAAUAGAAAAAAGAGAAUGAACAUUUUUGAGAAUGUCUCUGCAUGUUGCCAUUGUCAUUUCCUACAAUCUCAGUUUGUUAUUAAUGUGACUCUCCAUCUGGCAUUGAAAAUAUUGAAUUACCUUUGCAUCAGGCAUGAAACUGCACAAUCCAAACCAAGGUCUUGUGGAUUUGCUGCAGAUGGAAAGAUUGAGAGAUAGUGAAGGCAAAGCAAACAUUCAACCUUGACACUUGAUAUGUGUGUUUAUAGUGGAGAUUAAGGACAGCGUUAAUUACAGGUUAAUUAAUGUGUCAGUAAAUCAUGUAACAAUCUGAAGGUUUGAAUAAAAAAAAAAAAAAAAAAAAAACAACAGCAGAACAAUUUUUUUUCUGUACAAAAUGGGGGAGUGGGUGGUUGGAAGGGUGGGUUUCCAGUCAACAAUGUAAAAACGAUAAAAGUCAGAUAUCUCAAAGACAAAACAUUGUUCAUUGAAACUACAGUACAUAUUCAGUCCUUUACUUCAUUUACCUAAUGGAUUACAAGGUCAGCAAGGGAACAGUCACGCAUGUGGUCAUGUGUGCGCACACACACAAAACGGGGCAGACGUAAGCAAGGUAUAAAAGGUAGCUAUACCUGUUUCUGAGAAGACAGAUUGAUCACAUCUCGCAGGAAGUCAAGAACAAAGGUAAUUUUUCAAAUGAAGUAUUUAUGAGCUUUAAAAAUACAUUAAAAAUGUACAAAUGUAGCAAAUUAAUUGUGUAGCCUAAUGUAUGUACACUUUUUAGCUGUUUUUUCUUCUAUUAUAGCCAUCAUGUUUUGGACGAGAUAUGCUGGAGCAAGUAUAUUAUUGUUUUUUAUGCUUAUUCAUCUUGGACAACUGUAUCCAAGAAAUGAUAUGAAUAACUUUGGAUGUGAGGAGUGCAAACUCAAGGAGAACAACAUUUUCUCAAAACCUGGAGCCCCUGUCUAUCAGUGUAUGGGAUGCUGUUUUUCUAGGGCUUACCCCACGCCCCUGAGGUCCAAGAAAACAAUGCUUGUUCCAAAAAAUAUCACAUCAGAAGCUACAUGCUGUGUAGCCAAAGAAGUUAAACGGGUGUUUGUCAAUGAUGUCAAACUAGUGAACCACACAGACUGCCACUGCAGCACCUGCUACUAUCAUAAGUCUUAAAAAAAAAAACAUUGUGACAUUCAAGAUUUGCUUGUGUUUGCCUAAAACUAGUUUUAUUCCUGUCAUGUUAAGCCACUUAUUAGAAUUUUGUUAGCUAUGCAUAUUUUACUCUUCUGCCAUGACAAUUUCUUCAUAAAUUGUCAAGGCUGGGUGUUUUUUUCCCCCCACCAUUUCUUUCCCAAAAGGUUGCCAUCAUUAUUGUAACCAACAUUUUAAGAGCACAGAAUGUGAUAUUUUAUCAUUAAUAAAAUGCAAGAAAACAUCAUCACUGCACUCUGCUUAUUAGUUUAAGCCCUCUUUUACUGGUAAUUUACUUAUUUUGUCAUCUUACUUUUGUAAGAUUGUUCAAAUCCAUAUAUUAAAUAAAAAAUAUGAUUGCUUGUGACGAGCUUUGUUUCUUCUUUUCUCCAUCACUUUUAU